AUGAACAUCAUUCAUACAGGCGACCAAAACACGUCGCAUUCAACAACUCCUGGUGUGGAGAAUGAUCUGAAUGAUUUAUACGUACUUCACCCGGAACGACACAUAUUUCGUGAUCCCAUCACCAUUGGCAUGACAUGGAAUGUCACGAUGGACCAGCGAGCUCCGGACGGGGUUAUGAGACCGGUCACGCCAGGACAAUUUCCGGGUCCUACAAUUGAGGCGCGGUCAGGUGAUGAACUCGUCAUCGACGUCUACAAUUCUGUUCAAAAUUCCGAGGAAGAAGGGAUUUCUAUCCAUUGGCAUGGUUUGUCUAUGAAGGGGGCCAACGAGAUGGACGGGGUUGUCGGAUUGAGUCAGUGUGCAAUUGGCUCAUCCGAGAGUUACACAUAUCGAUUUCGCAUCGAUGACAUGCAAUUCGGCACAUUCUGGUAUCAUGCCCAUUCCGGUUUACAGCGGGCCGAUGGGUUGUUUGGUGGGCUCGUGGUCCAUCAGCCAGCCAAUAAUGCCAGUCUGGUGUCAGACAUCUCAGUCUACAAGCAACAACCGGAAUACCUCCUCCUUGUCGGUGACUGGUAUCACCGGCCGGCAAAUGCCGUUUUUGAUUGGUUUCAGGAUCCAAACCACUUUGGCUAUGAGCCUGCACCUGAUUCUCUUCUCAUCAAUGGGAAAGGCUACUUCAACUGCUCGAUGGCUCUCAGGGGGCGGCCACUGGAUUGCAGUCCAGUUGCGAAACCAGUGGUAUCCUUUACGGAGAGUAGUCGGAUUAAACUAAGAGUUAUCAACACUGGAGCUUCGGCUGGCUUCUCAAUUUCACUUUCACAGGCGCGUAUGACAGUCAUUGCUGUUGACGGUGGAAACCCAGUCGCACCAAAUACCCCUAGCGCGACUUCGAUUGGUUUGCUAUAUCCUGGAGAACGGAUAGACGUCCUCGUUGAACACGCACCUACAGAAUUACCAAGCUCAGUAGCAGUACCCGGAGCAAGCAAUUCUGACAUGAAACAAGGAUAUGAAGUAGGAUCGAAGCUGACAAUUGCUCUGGACCUAGAGAACUUCAAAUUAACAAACUUCGCUCUUACACGAAGACAAGUUUUCCCUGUGGUGUGGAGUGGUGACAGUGGUGAGGAUGUCAGGAAAGACGAUCACAGAGACGACGGCCAUGAGCCGGCUGCCUAUUUCAACUUGGCAGAAGUAUCAGGCAGUCCGGUCAUAGACAUUGUGAAGGAACCUGUUGAGACCUCCGUUUUGUAUACGAAGAUGUCAAUUCGGUCAGACACGGGCCUAAGACCGAUAGGUUCCGUGAAUCACACCACCUGGAGAGUCGCCGACCCGAAAGCCCGGCCACUUCUUGCCCUGGAUCGAGGCCAAUGGGAACGUGUAAUAAAUCAGCCCAGCCGAAUGUGGUCGCUAAACGUUCCAUGGUAUCACGAGUCCGGAGAGGGGAGGUGGAUGGAGCUCGUGCUAAAUAAUAUCGACGACAAAGGACACGCUUUCCACCUUGCCGCGUACCUGCACCAGCACGGUUAUGAAUUUUAUGUCAUGUCAACAAAGCAAUCUGAGCCGGGCUACCCUGGAACAUAUAAUCCUUUUGAUCCGGCAACAGCUCCGCCACCUGGUUCGAUAAAUACUUUCAACCCUCUUCGGAAAGACACUGUUUACGUUCCGCGCAAUGGUCAUGUCGUGCUUCGCUUCCCUUUGGCAAAUGACGGGCUAUGGCUCCUCCAUUGCCACGUUAUAUGGCACCUGGGGUCUGGCAUGGGCAUCGUAAUCCAAGUCGGCGAUAUUGCAGAAGACACGAAGCGGGGAGCCGCAGCACUUUGUUCGAGAUGA